GAAAGCACGAGAGCGGGCUUAUUGUACAAAAGAUCCGGAAUAAAUCACCAGUACCUUUACUGUUGCAGUAAUAAUUUUAUUAGCUUUCCGGUUUUGUUACGGUUGCAAGAAUGUGGCGGAUCGUACAGAUAUGUGCCCUUGUCCUGUGGUGUGCAGGCGCCUAUGCCCUAGAACCGAGAAUCCAAGUUGUGCCGCAGCCAUUUGGAAACUGCACGGUCGAAGAUGCGCAGGCGAUCUCUCAGUGUACUACCAACAUCCAGAAUCAAACACAAUCAAGCGAGGCUGUAAUGGACCAAUUUAUGGGAGUCUUUUUGACCGGUAAUAUCACGGAACAGGAAGCCAAAGCCUUAGUAGACGCUUACUGCAGUUGGAUGGCCGGCACCGUCGGUUGUCUUCGCCCUUCCGCUAGCCGGUGUUUUGAUCAUCCUUUCAUGCUCUUAACUUACACAGUGUAUAAUUCCCUCCUCGGCAUGUGCUCUGCUCCUAACCGCUACAAGUACUUCGCUGACAUUGUGCGCUGCAACAAGAGAUUAGAUGUGAUCAGCACACUCUCAAUUGACCAAGAGCUGGCCAAUAUUACCCAGGAAAUCUUUAACUUCACAACACAGUCGCUUGGCUCCAACAGCAAUGUUGCGGCCAUCUUGGAUUUCUCUUCCGAAGAGUAUACACGAUUAUCUUGCCGGAUGGUACGUCGUGUGGAAAACCUGAUCUCCUUAGAAAAAGUUAGCGGAACGUGCGGCACCGAAGCCCACGAGGCCUACAGCAGUUUGUACCGGCAUAUUCUCCAAAUGUACAAAUGCAGCAACAACAACACUUCCGGUGGGGGUAAUGGGGCCGGCUUCGUCCAACCUGCAAACGGAUACACCUUAUACAGUCUUUUUACAAUCCUCUUCGCCAUUGUGUUUGCGCAUCAGCGAAAUUAAUUUAAUGCGCUGUGCUCUGCUUAAAAUUUCGUAUCGUUUUCUAAUGAUCUAUUAUCUGCUUUUGUCUGGCCUUGGACGGUGUUGGUGAUUUUUCCGAAAAUUGUUCGGUUUUUUUGAUACCGUGUACCUGCAUAUAUAAAUUGACAUGAAGUGAUAA